CAAAAGGUGGACAACCAUGUGGUAGAUCAAUUGGAUGGCGACCAGAUCUUGGAGUCUAAGUUGGCUAAGAGCAUGGUGGAUCACCUUGACAGUGACAAGAUAGAUGAGUUAAAGGCAUUUCAUUCAACCAUGGAUCAGGAUCUGGUAUGACUGGGUUAUAUCCUCAGAUUAUCAUAGUCCAAGUUGGAGAGGGUCGUUUUGAGAUUCUCUCUUUAUCUGGCUCAUAUGUGCCGAUAGAAUUAGAUGGAGUGAGCACUGGUACAGGAGGACUCAAUAUUAUACUUUCUUGCACCGAUGGCCGUCUUUUAAGCGGUGGAGUCGCAGGACCUCUGAUUGCAGCUUCACCUGUUCAGGUGGUCAUUGGAAGGUUUCAAGGUGAUGAUAAAAAGCAGCUUGGACAGGCUGGUACCACUGAGACUAUGGGUGCUAUGAAUGGAGGAUCACAUGGCGAGCUACGAAUUGUGCCAAACUAGACAGGCACUUACUUAUUCAACACCCCCAACUUCAUCUGAUGAAUAUUUAUAUUUCGGGGGUGGAUUGUUAUCACCUGAUUAGUUAGAUCUCUUGUAAUGCCAGUCCGCUACAAUGCUUAGCUUUUCGGUCCUUGGCCUAGCUCUAUAUUGCUUCGCUUUUCGCUCCUAGCUCCAAACUAAUUAAGCUGCUUAGCGUUUGGCUCCAAAUUCUAAAUGGUUACCUUUUCUCUCCUAGCUACAACUUAGGUACUAUCAGAAAACAAUAUUCGCUGUGAUGGACCCCUGGAUGUGGUCUAGUUAAAUUAUGUUGUAACUGGAUGGUGCUUUAUAACGAUUUAUCUUCCAUAUCCAUGAGUUCUGCA